AAUCUACCUUCGUAGUUGACUUCUCAUUUGGCUACUACAUUUCUUUCUUGUUAGAUCUAUAAAGAAUAGAGAUCUUCCCAAAAGAAAAAGACUCAAGAAAUUAAAUAAAUCUUAGUACAAACUAUGUCACUAAUUAUGAUCCCAGCAGCUUGUUACAUGUCAACAAAUUUAGUUAAUCCUUGCAGCAGCAGCAGAUCUAUAACUCAGAUCUUCAAUCCUUUAGCCAAUUCUAAAAUCAACAAUGGUGAUCGUGUUCUCACUGUUACCACCUCCAACAGAUCUGGUGUUCUACGAAAAACUAACAAAAACACGAGGGAUUUAGUUGUCCAUGCAACUGCUGAGACAGGAGAUCUGCUUUCAAGUGUUGUUCCCUUUUUGCCAACUGGUGAAAAUUCUUGGGUUAGCUGGGCUGUGGGAUUAGGUGUAACAGUACCUUUGAUAACAGCAAGAUUAUUAACAGUAACAAAGCAAGUUUCACUUGCGGCGGAGACGGUGGAGAAGGUGGCGGAAGCGGUGGAAAAAGUGGCGGACGAUGUGGACAGGGCGGCGGAGGAAUUUGCUGCGAAGCUGCCGGAAGGUGGAAAACUCAGAGGCAUAGUGGAAUCCAUUGAACAUUUAGCUGAAGAAACUGAAAAGGACGCUCAAUUAGUCCAAGAUCUCAUGGACAAGGUUGAAGAAGUGGAUGAAAAGUUGGAGGCAUUUAUCUCUAAUCAAUUGACAGUGAAGGUACAAAAUUCAUCAAAUGAUGGAAAAAAGAAAUAAUAGAUUGGUAAUUGUUGUUCUUCCACUUAUUAUACACUAUGUAUCAUUUGUAUUUUAUUUUUCCUUAGAUGUAAGUUUGAUUCCACUUGUAAAAUAUUGGCAUUCAAUAAAUAUUUUAGUAUGCUAUUUAUAUCACUUUAUUAUAGAAUCCA